GGAAGGCAAGACAACUCACCCAUAGGCAUAUAUAUUAUUGUUCACAAAUGUUCCAGUUCUUUUGGAUAAAGUAAGUUGACUGCUUCAUCAGGUCCUUCAAGGUUCACUCGAGGGUGUCAAGGAAGAAGGAGAACCUCCGACCAUGAAGACCUACCUUGUCGUUCUUGGUCUGCUGUUUCUGCUUAAAAAUGAAGUUUCCCCGCUGACCUGCUUCAUGUGUGAGAACCAGCCCACCAACCUGCGGUGUCUCCGUUUCCGAGAGUGCAGUGAGGAAGAAGUCUUCUGCGUAACUGCUGUGGCCUCAUAUGAAUUUGGCAUGAUGACCUUCAAAAAGAGAAUCACCAAGAGAUGCUCAGCCUUUUGCCCAGAUCUUCAGAUGGCAUUGGGAUUUGCUUCGUUUGGGACCUCUUGUUGCCAACGAUCCUGGUGUAAUAUUUGGGGAUCUCUAGGGGAGAGGAAUGCCACUCAGGGAUGGGAAUGGCCAACCAUUGACCUGACCAGAUCUUUUGAUGACGGAACUUGAAGAAGAGUAAGAAGUUACCAAAGAAAAACAGGAGCUUCUUGGCUUUCAUAUCUUUGCAGGGGUUCCAGGAGAGGGAUGCAGGGGGAAGAGAUGGAGCCAAAUUUUAUCCACUUAUCCAGAACAUCUUUAGAACAAGUCCCAUCUCCUCAUUUUGCAAUUUGCGUUUUUAUAAAUAGGCAAAUGUUAUAAGAAUUA